UAUUUUUCUUGUUAGCUCUAUCUUUCAUGCUGAGUGAUAGAUUUGUUGGUGGAAGAAGCGUUGGUACCAUGGAAAACAAAGAGUUGGUUAAGCCGCAUAAAGGAACUGUCAAAACUAUUGAGGGUAAGAAUGGUGACGUAAUAGACUGUGUAAAUAUCUAUCAACAACCUGCUUUCAACCAUCCAUUACUCAAGAAUCAUACUAUACAGAUGGAAUCCGGUUCAAUUCCAAAUGUAAGAAAUGAAGAAUUACACAAUGUUGAGCUAUUUCAAGAUUGGCAUGAGAAUGGAGAAUGCCCUACAAGAACAAUCCCAAUUAGACGUUUACGGGCGGAUGAACAUUAUGCACCCCAUGGUACUACACCAUCAGUUGCAGCUGAAACUGAUAAUUCUAACGGUUAUGAGUUCGCUGGAGGUAUUAUAAGAGAUGGCCACUUCUAUGGAGCACAUGCAUCACUUAAUGUAUGGAGUCCUGCGCUAAAUGAUGGGUUCUUAAGCGCUUCCCAAGUAUGGCUUAUUUCAGGUUCUUCACCCGAACAAAACCGCAUUGAAGUUGGAUGGCAGGUAGCUUCGCCUUCUAAGGAACCCAAACUCUACAUAUCCUGGACUCGUGAUGCCUACAAGAGCACUGGGUGCUCGGAUCUCAAUUGUCCCGGUUUCGUGCAAACUAGCAAUAAAAUUGCACUUGGCUCUAUCAUAAAACCCUCUUCAAGCUACAAUGGAAAACAAUUCGAGAUUGGGAUAACCAUAUACAAGAGUUAUGGAGAUUGGUAUCUAAAAGUUAAAAAUGAGGUACUUGGAUAUUGGCCCAUGUCCCUCUUCACACAUCUAUCACAUAGUGCUGAAACAGUGUUCUACGGUGGAAUGAUUUUUAACGCAAAGUUGAACAAUCAUCACACAUCAACUCACAUGGGGAGCGGACAUUUUCCGAGUGAAGGCCAUGGAAAAGCAAGUUAUGUUCGCAGUAUUCAAUACAUGGAUGGGCAUGGUAAAUUCAAGGACGCUAACGGGAAACUGGAAAUAGAUGUAACAAAUCCUUCGUGCUACGAUGUAAAUGUGGUGAACAAUAAUAAUAUAGUCUAUGGAUCCCAUUUAUAUUUUGGAGGUCCUGGCUAUUCAGAAAAGUGUCCUUAAUUAGAAAGGGAAGAAGAAAAAAUGAUAAUGUUAGUACUAAUAAAUCAUGUA